GAUGUGUGUGAUGAAGGACCAGCAUUAUCUCCAUUAUAUAUAUCCUCAGCAGUUUCUAGAUUCUCCCGAGUUUGAAUCUAGCAAAGCUGGGAAAGACGACAAGUUUAAGGUUUCUGUUGUUGCGGUAGCUCCAACUCGGUACAUUGUGUGGCGGAGACAGGAGUUAGACCUGCUAUUUGUGAAGGAGUCUCACUUGUGCACCGUUUUCUCAUUACUUCUUGCUAGAGAUAUAGCUUACAAGUUGUACGCAAUGAACGAAAGGCUCGUCACUCAGGAAGGAUCUAAAGUGGAUAUUCGAUUUCCUACCUUCAGCAGUCCAAUUACCUCUCGCACCGUUUCUCCAGCUUGUAACUCGCUGAGACGAAGUCCGAAUAAUCACAAAGGUCUCUUUAAUUGUCCUAAGACGCCAAACAGAAAGGUUAACACAAAAUAUGCUUCUCGCCAAGAUAAGAGAACUCAUGGACCAAUGAUGACUGUGACGUAAAUUGACCAGUCUCUUUCUUAUAGUCUAUAAAUGUUACUGCACCUAACGCCACACUCUAUGCAACUAGGAUGUACAUCGAAGU